AUGGCGAGCCACCAACAGCCUUCGCCCACCACGGGCAUGCCGCCGCACCACGGAGGCCCGCAUAUCGGCCAUCCACAGCCGAACGGCCAUCCCCAGCACAUGAGCCAGCCGAAAACGCCGUCGCAAUACCUUCAGCAGCUCACCGAGUCCGUCUGGACCAAUCUAGGGUCGCUGUCGGAGCAGAUGCAGGACCUUGACGGCGCAAUGCAAUGCUACGAACAGGCCCUGAAGCACAAUCAGUGGUCCAUCCCCGCGAUGCAAGGAAUCGCCUGUAUCCUUCGCACGCGCGACCAGUUCCCUCAUGCUGUCGAAUAUCUGCGCACCAUCCUGAAGGUCGAUCCUGCGAAUGGCGACGUCUGGGGCAGUCUCGGCCAUUGUUAUUUGAUGAUGGACGAUCUCCAGCAAGCUUAUUCAGCCUACCAACAGGCUUUAUACCAUCUGUCAGACCCCAAGGAACCCAAGCUUUGGUAUGGCAUUGGCAUACUCUAUGACCGCUACGGGUCAUUGGAGCACGCCGAGGAAGCCUUCUCCCAAGUGAUGCGGAUGGAGCCAAACUUUGAAAAGGCCAACGAAAUAUACUUUCGGCUUGGUAUUAUAUACAAGCAACAGCAAAAGUUCAACCAGAGUCUGGAUUGUUUCAAGUACAUCGUCACCAAUCCACCCCGUCCCCUGACGGAAGAGGACAUCUGGUUCCAGAUCGGACACGUCUACGAACAGCAGAAAGAGUUCGAUUCUGCAAAGGCUGCGUACAGGCGGGUGCUGGAACGUGAUCCGAACCACGCCAAAGUGUUGCAGCAGUUGGGCUGGUUGCACCACCAGCAAAGCAGCAAUUACGCUAGUCAAGAGCAGGCUAUUGAGUACCUCGAGAAAUCAGUGGCUUCAGAUCAAACAGAUGCACAGAGUUGGUAUCUACUCGGGCGUUGCUACAUGUCACAGCAGAAGUACCCCAAAGCGUAUGAAGCCUAUCAGCAAGCCGUCUACCGAGAUGGGCGCAACCCGACGUUCUGGUGCUCUAUCGGUGUGCUUUAUUACCAAAUCAACCAGUACCGCGAUGCUCUUGACGCGUACUCUCGCGCCAUUAGACUUAACCCGAACAUUAGUGAAGUAUGGUACGACCUGGGCACCCUGUACGAAUCGUGCAACAACCAGACAGCCGACGCGUUAGACGCCUAUCAGCGUGCAGCGGACCUCGACCCGUCUAACGUACACAUCAAAGCGCGUCUCCAGUUGCUCCAAAACGGCCAGACCACUGCCGGCAUGCCCAAUCAAGGCAGUGCUCCCGCUCCGCAAGACGUUCACCCUCAAGCAUACCAGCCUGCCUCCAUUCAUGGGCCCGCAGCUCCUCAGUGGGGCGCUCCUCAGCCCCAGCAACCUCCUCAGGGGCCUGCUCCUCCUGCUUUAGGUGCUUCCGAAUGGAAUCGUCCUCUGGCUCAGAUCCGUGAUCCGGGACUUCCUCCUCAGCAGCUGAACCCGUACGACCAGCGAGAGGGCAUCCGCCCACCUGCACAGCAUGGCGCUCAACGCCCACCAAGCCCAUUGAAGCAGGAGCCGAUGCGUCCUUACCAACAAGAGCCAUCACGUCCUCCCACGAACGGUCCCGGUCCCGCUGGCCCUCCUCCACCGGCUGGCCUACGCCGCGGUCUGUCACCGUCCCCAAAGACUCACCACGCUGCCCCCAGCCCUUACCAUCCUCCGCCACCUCAAUUGACGCCUCAAGCGUCACAGGCACAGCCUCACCUGCCCCCGCAUCAGCAACAGCAGUCUCAACAGCAGCAACAACAGGGCCCACCCCCGCCACCUCCCAACCGCAUCUCGAACCCCAACUAUGGUGCUCAUGCCAACAACGGUCCUCCACCGCCACCUCCACCACCCACUGGAUUGAAUGGUCCGCCCAGUCAGGGCCCUCCGCAAUAUCCUCGCAUCGGCAGCCCGGCUCCCGAGGUUCGCCCUAUCGUCGAGAACAGGGCUGGAUCGCCUCGUAACGGAUACCAGGGCCCAUACCAUCAUCCUGACCCAUCUUCCGCUGGAGGUAUCGCUAGUGGCGCUCCACCGCCUGCCUCUGCUCUCGCAGCUGCUGAGCAAGCCGCCCGUGACAGAGAAGAUCGCCCUCCUACGGCACCGCCCAAGCGCCAUCGGGAAUGGGAGGACAGUGACCACCCACACCCCAAGCCACCCACGAACGACGAAAAACGCCAGAAACUAGAAGAACCCCAUAGUCGGCGCCCAUCUCCGCCUCACCGCAUGUCGUCGCCGCAAGUCCCCCGCCACAGCCCGCAAGAUGGUUCAGACCCUCGUCGCUUCAAUGAUGGCUACCACCCAUCGGAGGCAGCGCAUCACCCGCCUUCCUUACCUCCAAUGCACACGCCACAGCCGCAGCCACCCCGCCUGUCUGAGACUCCUAAGCAGGAGCGCCCAGAGCAUCACGAGCCGGCUGCUCGUCACAUGGAGGUUGACGAGAAUUAUGAUGACGAUGGCGAGGAGAGCAAACUUGCCGCGGCCAAGUCUGAGCGUAGCAGUCCACGCGGUGCGUCUGUAAAUGGCACAUCCCAUGCACCGACGCCUGUCGAAUCGAAGCCGUAG